CAAAUAAUGUCUACGGUUGACGCCUUGACGCUUGAUGAUUUUUUUCAAUUUUUAUUCAAUUUACUCAAAAAUUUUGUCGUAUACUCGUGAUUUAAUCAGAUUAUAACAAGUAAUACAUUAAAUAUUCACAAAUGAUUUUGAUCCGGACGUAUUUGGGCCCGAGCGAACAAGGACGGAAUACUUACAUGGAUAUAAUGCGCGUUUUAUCAUUCUGCAUGUGCGUGAAAGAAAUGUCAGUUUAAAGAAUGGUAAAAUACGUAAUUUCUUGCCGUGUUAAAAUGUAAUGCAUCUGAACAAGUGUGAAUAAUACUUUUGCUAUGUGAUAGUGUGUGUGUUAAAACAGAUGAUCAAUCCCGUUGUAAUGAAACGAACAAAAGUAUAGUGUUGGGUAGCUAGUUUUUGACAGCCGGCAGGCUCGUCGUAAGUGACUUACGAUUGGCCCCCUUUAAAAAUGAACAGUCGUAGUAGUGUAAAUGAAUCGAAUUUGGUGAAUCUCUCAGGGGAUCUGUUGAAUCCAUUGGACACGAAAGAGUCGUUGGCGCUGAGUUUUCCGUUUGAUCAUAUAUACGCCUGCCACUCGGAGGAAUCAGAUCGCCGACAGGCGCAUCUCGACAAAGAAGUAGAAAUUAUUGCCCACCCUGAUGAUAAAGAACCGGGGGCUCCUGGGGAACAAUCACUUGAGGUCAGUAGACUCUCAGAGAGAUUAACUGCUGCUGAAAUUCAAAAUCAAAGAUUGAAAAGUUUACUUGUCUAUCAUCUGGAUUUGAUACAACAACAAAAUGAUCUUAUAACUAAGAAAGAAAAACAAAAUACUGCUCUACAAUUGGAAAAUGACUCUCUUAAAUCUAAGGUGACGCGUAUGGACAGAAGGAUAACAGUGAGUCAGAGGCAUAAUGUUAAUACUGCACCUGUUUUAAAUCUGCCACCUCCCACAAGUGUGCCACCUUCUACAAGCGCACCAACCCCAACUAGUGUAGCGCCGCCAUCUCCUAGUCCUACAAUCAAAACUGAACCGGGAACUUCUGAUAAUCAGUUGGUCUAUAAUAGUAUUUCUGAUUUUUUGGUGCCAGAAACUAGAAAGAGUCCAUAUAUUUUCAAUGAUAUUACUAAAACAAAACCUUUGAUGCCAGACACCUUUGAUUUGAAUAGACCUGCAGAAUCAGAUGUGCCCAGCUACUUACCGGGGGACAUAGGUGUUCCCUCGAUUUUGGAGAAUAGCGGGCUGCCGUGCGACAACUUCAACAUGAUUGAGAACAAACAGUCGUACAUUAAAAAGGAAAUAAAGACUGAACCUCGGCCGGAACCUUUGUACACCGUCACUUCAAACAGCGGCAACACAGUUAUUCAAAAGAUACAGAGGAAUCGAAGAAGGACGUCCGGGGGAUUAGGUAGUUUAAGCCGAUUACCUAAAACGCCUGUUGUUAAAACUGAACCUCAAGAAAAUGUAUUUGAAGACGACAAAGCUUUUGAGCGAUCCUUCAGUGUAAAUAAAAAAUCUAAAAUGAUUAAUACAUAUGGCAAAUCAAAAAAUUCGAAUCUUCCAAAGAAAACACCUCAUUAUACUGGUUCUCUGUCGGAUCGGUUACAAUUAAUAGAUACGACGCCUACUGGUGAAGAUCCGUAUCAACUGGGGGAAGCUGACAUGAGAGAGCAAUCGCCAAUACCGAAACUUAUGCUUCAAAAAACAAAUCAUGGUAGGCUGAAAAUAUGCUCGGAUCUUAUGGGGGAGAGUACGAUUCCCUCGAGGCGCAUAUAUGAUGCGCCAGCAACAGAAACAAGUUCUAAAAUGCCAAAUAAAAUAAAACUUGAGAAAAGAUACAAUUUACCAAACAUGGUCUCCUAUUCCUCUGCGCAAGCAACUACGCAUACGCUUACGCACUCAUCGCUAACGAGCACAGAUACGGGUUCGAUGAUGUCCACUUACCCGCACGUUCCUAAGUCGUCACCUCAUACUCCUAAGCAGUCUGCCACUUCUAAGCAAACUACAACUCCUAAGCAAACAACUAGGCAGACGUCAGCUCACAGUGCUAAGCAGUCGGCGGUAUCUACGAAUGCGUGCACAUACACGAAUACAUAUACGCAUACUACUAGAAAUUCGAGUACACGUAGCGCUAGUCACACAACCCCAAAUAAAGGCAGGUCGUCACAAAGAAGUUCUCAAACUGGCUCUCGGAAAUCCACCCAAGCGGCAGCGAACAAACUUCUGAACGUGAGCGCGGUGAGCACGGUGAGCACGGUGAGCACGGUCAACACGGUUAACACAACAAAUACAGUUAACACUGGUACUACUGUGAACACGGUUAACACGGUGAACACAGUGAACACGGCGAAUACGGUGAACACAGUGAACACCGUGAACGCGCUGAACACACCAAAGCCGGUCAUCAAAACAUCAUUAACGACAACACUUAAUAAUCUGCACACAGCGACACUUGCCGCCUUACAUAUGGUUCCUUUGGCGCUCACACAUACUCCCUCGCAGGGCCACCAACUGCAUGCGGCGAUAAUAUCCACACCGCUCAAACAAACCACACUUAAAGAAAUUAAAAAAGAAUCUCAAGAGUCCACGAUGUCGACUCCCAAGACGGCGAUUCUACAUCAGCCGCUGAUAAUACAACAACCAGCGUUAGUAAAGCAAGCAGGAAUGGUGCAGCAACCGGCGAUAGUUCAGCAACCGGCAGUAGUACAGCAACCAUCGAUGCUGCAGCAACCGGCCAUAGUACAGCAAGCGGCGAAACUACAGCAACUUACGUUAGCGCAACAAUCGACAUUGGCGCAACAACCUGGCUGUUCUAACGUGCAACAACAGGACGGGGACGUAAAAAAAGAAACAUCCUUACGUGUGGACUGGUCUUUAUACAACAGUCUCAAUUUAAGCAGCGACGCAGCGGCUGCUUUAACUGACUUUUACACAGAGGACUCAGGCUCUCCUUUGCCGCAAUUUGAUGUUGCUGAAUUCCGGCAAUUGAUGGAAAACGAGGCAGCAGCGGCAGCCGCUGUAGCCGCUUUAGAUAAAAUAGACACGCUGGAUUACGGCACGAUUGAAAAAAAUGAAACUGAUCAUGUCAAAAAAAGAGGAGCACGAACUGCUAGCCUCAUUGCACCAGGUGUCCUCGAAGAGGAAUCUACGGAUAACCGCCGUGGUAUGGGCAGUAAACGUGGAAGAAAACGUGCACUGUCUAGCGCGGGAUUAAUGAAAAAUGCGAAGCAAAAUUUAUCGAAAGGAGUCGGGCCUAAGCCAAAAAUGAUUAAGGGAAAAGCUGCGUGCCGCGGCAAAAAAUCUCCUUUGCCGGGAAUGACGACGGGUAAACCGUAUCACACACUGGUGGGAGACCCGGACCUAUCGUGGUACCUUGGUCUGGACCCCGACGUUAAACAGGAAGACAUCGAUCAGGGGGACUGCAAAGCCUCCACAGUAGAGGUACCGAGAUGGCGGGAGAAACCAUACUCUAGUUUAUAUAGUCUUGAAGGAACAGAAAAUUUAGACGAUAAAAUUUUUGAAAAGCGUCACCAAAAAUUAGAAGCUGAAGAAAGGCGACAACUAAGGUGGCAUAUGAGACGUAUCCGUGAGCAGCGACAUGUAGAGCGCCUUCGAAUGCGGCAGCGGGACCCCUGGUAUAGCGGGCACUCUCACUAUCAACCUUCAGUAUACACGAUCUGGCCGCAGCCCCAAAGGGACGUGCGAAUGAUCGAAAUCACCGAUACCAUACCUGUUAUGGCCUUCGGGGAGGAUCUGCCCGAUAUACCCCCGGCUGACUUUAUGCUGCCGUGGGUGCGAACAUCAAAAGCUUUGAAGAGAUCUAAACGUUCGAAGACUCUACAUUGAUCGUCCAUGGACUGCGUACCACGCUCGGUUAUGAUUCCCAGUUGGGCCAAUCCUUGAUAGGUAUAUCAUGUAUAAUUUAACUUCCACCAAUCGGAACCGAUUUCUACCAAAAACGGGUCUGGCUGGGUUACAAGUAGUAAGCCGGUGUGCCUCAUUCCAGUGUCGUGUUGACACGGUAAUAUUGUGUGAGCUACAAGAGCAAGAUUAAUAAGGACUUAACUAAUUUUGGAAUUGCGUUGACGCGUGUUGACGAUUGCUCUUGUAGCUGCUUGAACAGCAGAAUUCGAAAUAGUGUUCUCGUGUUGAAUGGUCAAUGGACACGACUCAUACCGGCUUUGUGUAGGAAAGUUAGAUGACAGUUAUACCUGAUUCGAUAAAAACUUCUCAUAGACUACACUUUAAGAAUAGCAAAUAUUAAAAAUAUUAAAGUCUCUAAAACUGAUUAGAAAGAGGAGUUCAAAUGUUUAGUAUUUGUUUGUUGGUCAACAAUAGGGUGAUAUAGGAAUUAAUGAUUUAGGAUCAAGCGUCGGACAUAGUUCUAGGCAUAAUAAUAAAAUCACAAAUUAUUUGUGACUAUGCUAGAUGUAACAGGAAAGUAGGUACUUACUACGUAGGAAGUUCAUUUUGAAAUAAAUGAAGUUGUAAAAAGAUUUAGUUAUAUUAUAAUUACAAUCAAUGAAAUGAAAUUAAAAUAUGCCAGGUUUUAUGGUGGUUUUGAAGGUUUAUUUUACUAUGUUGGUCAUCUCAGUAAUAAUAGAAUAGAUGGUAGUGAUGGUUUUAGGUAAACUGGUUUAAACACUGUCUCAAAAUUGCUUUUCCGAGUGAAAAAGGUAUAGUGAAGCCAAAUAUUUGUUAGCGAUUUCAAUAAAUUAAGACUCAAACUUAAAUAGAGAAAAUUAAUACAAUUCGUAAUAAUAUGUAUCUAUCCGAUAACGUCUUGGAUUAGCUCUCGGAUUAGUUGUAGAAUUUUAUUUUUGGUAAAAAGAAAAUGAAAAUAAGAAACAAUAUCAUUGCUGACAAUAUCACAAAGUAGGUACAUUAAAAUAGUAACAAAUAGCCAUUUACACCGGUUUUGUAAUAGUCCCAAACAAUUCCAAUCUAUAUUGAAUAAAGUUAUUUGUAACAACCAUAAUAAAAUAACGAAAUAUAUCCUUAUAUACUUCCAUUUUUUGUAGU